UGUGAAAAUUGUGUUUGUGUACCCAUCGUCAAUGAGACGACUGUCAAAAUUUUUAAAGUAUAAUAUUAAAUGUCUUCAAUAGUUCAUUAAAAAAAUUUCUGCUUUUAUUUUGAACUCUCAAUUUUUUUGUUUGUGAUAAAUUAUAAGUGAUUAUCUUAGUACUUAUUAUUAAUUGUUAUGAAAACUCACAUCAACAUUGAAUAUUGGACCUUUAAGUUUAUUUCGAUUGAAACCCGAUGAUUUUUUUGAAUUUAUUUAAAUCAAACAGAAUUUUAUUACAUACGUGUAACAAAUUCAAACUGUUACCUCCAAAAUUAAAAAAGAAUGAGCUAUCCAUGGACUUAGAUCUUAAUUAUCCUUCAAAAUGCUGUUGUCAGUUUUUCUGUCUUUAGUGUUUAAUUUUGGUGGGCUGCACUUUUCUCUACUUCCCACCAAAUGGAAACUAACCUCAACAUGAACCUGAGAGCUCUGAAGUACCUGUAUGCAUUUUUUCUCAUGUGUUUGUCUGUGGUUCUGUCCUCUGCAUUAGACCAUGGUCCCACUCCUCAUACAUUUAGCUGUGACCGAGAACGAAAAGUUCUCACUGGCAAAUAUGGCACCAUAUCAAGUGGUAACAAAGAGUACCCAAUGGAUUCCCAUUGUGAAUGGCUCAUUAGAGCUUCAGAUGAAAAAUCUUUCAUUACACUUACUUUUAAGAAAAUGGACACUGAAUGUUCUUAUGAUCAUGUUUUUAUUUAUAAUGGGGAUUCAUAUGCAAGCCCUCUCCUUGGAAGUUUCAGUGGCAAUACCACUCCACCAUCUGUUACCAGCACUCAAGGAGCUAUGUUGAUCCUUCUGUACAGUGACACCAAUUAUGUAAGAAGUGGAUUUGAAGCUACUUACAGUGUCACUGAUUGCCCUUUGAAUUGUAGUUACAGAGGAUUGUGCCAAAACCACCAAUGUAUUUGUGAUACUCUAUGGUCAGGGGAUGCCUGUGAAAUAAGCUUGUGUCCUUCUGACUGUGGUAUAGAUGAAAAUAAAGGCAAAUGCAACUUAAACAGCUCUGAGCCUGCUCGAUGUGAAUGCCGUUCUGGCUACUCGGGCAUGGACUGUAGUCUUCCAGACUCUAACAAAAAUGGAGGCAAUUCUUGGUAUUUGAUAUCUACUAGUGGCAUCAGUGCUAGAGCUAGUCAUACAGGGACAUAUGUGCAACACACAGAUAGUUUUUAUGUUUUUGGUGGAUAUACAUUUAAAAAGGUGUUAGGUGACACCCUAGUCUUUUCUUUUAAAGAGAAUCAUUGGACAAGUAUAAUAACCAAAUUAUCACCCAGUCCACGCCAUGGUCAUGCAGCGAUUUGUUAUCAUGAUAAUAUCAUUCUUUUCGGUGGAGAAUUGGAAAAUGGUACUCUUUCAAAUGAAUUGUGGUUCUUCAAUGUAUCCAGUCUGCAGUGGAAUCUUAUGGUACCCAAGAAUCAUUUCAUGCCACCACCACUUACCAAACAUUCAGUCACUCUGGUUGAUUUUUAUUGGCUUUACAUUAUUGGAGGCAGUCUUUCAGAUGGUACAUUUUCAUCCAAGAUGUAUCGAAUCAACAUACGGGAUAUGAACGGCUGGGAAGUGGUAGAUUCGUAUGGUGGAAAGGAAAGCACUUUGCGAUUAGUGGGUCACAGUGCUGUCUACCAUCAACAGACAAAAACAAUUUUUGUUUUUGGUGGCAUCACUGCUGAAUAUUCUCAUGUCAGCAAACUAACUAAUCAUCUUUAUGCAUUUCAUGUGGAAAAGAAAUAUUGGAUCAAAAUUAAAUAUGAAAGAAAUCGUUUUACACCAUUAGAAAGAGCUUUCCACACUGCAGCCAUUGUAGGUGAUUAUAUGAUAAUUUAUGGUGGGUAUACCCAUAAGCAUGUGGAAGAGGAGAUUUGUUAUGACAAUGAAACACACCUCUAUCAUUUGAGGUGUCACAAAUGGAUUGACAUUUCCAAUUUAAGGAAAGAUUUUGUUGGUUCCAACAAUCCUAUUAGUCAUGGUGUUUUCUCUCAUGCUAUGGGUGUGCGGAGAGGACAUACUCUUGUGAUAUUUGGAGGAUAUAGUGGCUUGAUGCGGUCUCAAUUGCUUGCUUAUGUCCUUCCAUCUGCUGUUCUCAGUGAUCAACUCUUGCUUAGUACCUGCUCGAGGCACAGUUCUCAGGAAAGCUGCUUAUCUAACCUGGCAUGUGGAUGGUGUUCAGAUAGUAAUACUUGUGUUGAAAGAAAAAGCAACAAGCAGGCAUGUAAAAAGUUUUCAAGCGACACUUGUCCAGGCUUAUGUUCUGCUCUGAGUGAUUGCUUCUCAUGCCUAAUUUGGGGUCAGUCAUUUGUCGAGAACCUCAUUAGUGAUAGACAGGAUCCAUUUCCUCCAUUCUCUUGCACAUGGUGUAUUCAGGAUGAAAAAUGUCACUCUCUUGAUGAUCCCUCUUCCAAUUGUUCUUCCAGUGUUAAUGUAACCUCUAAGAAUGGCAUAGGAUGGUGGGGACCUGGCGGAAUGGAUGCCCAGAUGCUUGAAGACUGCUAUCUGAAGGAUUCACCGCCUGGCCUUAUUUCUGUCAAAUACCGUCACCCUGUCAACCUUUCACAACCAGAUGAUGUGACGUAUCUUCGUCAAGCUUCUGAAGACAUUCUCUUCCGUUCUGAAAUUCAAAGGUAUGAUGCUAACGGACUGGAAGAAAACAUUGUGAAAUUUCUGGGCUUCCUUCAUCCUCUUGAUGCCAAACCACUCUCUAAACGGAUACCUCAACUCCGACUCUCCAUUUGCUCUGCUGGUUCCAAUGCAGUUUUGAGACUGAGCAAUGAUUCAACUGCAAACCAUCUGGAGGUAGCUGCCAGUCACAGUCCCAGGCCUUCCUAUUAUUGCUCAGAAGUGCAUCGGGCUAGAGGAGUUCCUCUUUUUCCAGACACAUCUGAAGGCCACAAAUACAUGUUUGACUUCACUGUCAAAAUACCUACUUAUCUGAAUGAGACUUCCAUUGCACAGCUGAAAUGGACUGCCUUCUCUGUCGAAUUUGAAGUUAUUGAUGAUAAGCAUUUGGAAUUAUAUAAAAAUGGUUCAUGUUCCAUUCACAACAAUUGCCUAUCAUGCCUCACAGAUGCUCUUUGUGGUUGGUGCGAGAGUAACAAUAACUGUUACCUCAAAGUAGGAGUUCCUGUUUAUUGCCAAAAAAAUGGGAAGAGCAGUUUUCUUGUUACUCAUCCUGAUAACUGCACAGUGUGUUCUGAUCAUAUUUAUUGCGAACAAUGUUCUCAGGUAUCUACCUGUGAAUGGCUUGUUGAGCCAGCCAUCUGUGUACGCCGAGGCCGUUUCCGAUCAGCUGUUCAAGAUCCACAAUUAUGUCCUAUUCCUUGCCCACAACGUUUAACUUGUCUUUCCUGUUUGGGAGAUCCUGGAAUGUGUGCCUGGUGUGAAGAGACCCAGACUUGCUUCCUUUUUUCUACUUACACUUCUUCUUAUGCAUUUGGAAGAUGUAGAGAUUGGGUGGAUGAAAAUCGCUCAGGAAUUGGCACGGAAUUGUGUCGUAAUUGUUCGCGUCACGCCCAAUGUUCCUCUUGCAUCCGAGACCUUGCUUGUGGUUGGUGCAGCUCUUCAAAUCAUCCUGCUAGUGGUGUUUGUACUGAUGGGGAUUUCUCAGGGCCAUUUUCUGGAUCUUGCAAGGAUCAUUUAGAUAUGACUUUAGAAACAAAUGAUACCAACUGGUCGUACAGCAUUUGUCCUGAUUUAGAAGAAUGCCUUUGGAACAUGCAUGAUUGUCAUGAAAAUGCCACUUGUCACAACACUCCCAAUUCUUAUACAUGUGAAUGUAAUAUUGGUUUUGAAGGUGAUGGGAAAAAUUGUGUCAGAGCAUGUGCCAAGAAAUGUGUAAAUGGGUUCUGUUCUAAUGAGCCUGACUACCAAUGCAUCUGUGACCUCGGCUGGACUGGGGAUGACUGCAGCAUCAACUGUGGCUGCAACAAUCAUAGCACUUGCCUCAAAAGUGUUGGAACUUGUGAUUUGUGCCAGGACUGGACUGAAGGAGAAUUUUGCGAGCACUGCCUGCCUGGAAGCUAUGGGAAUGCAACUACACCAGAUGGGUGUAGGAAGUGUGAAUGCAAUGGCCAUGGAGAUUCUGAACGUAAUAUUUGCAAUUCUACGACAGGGGAAUGCUUUUGCCUUAAUAACACCGUGGGACCAAAUUGUGCACAGUGUAAGGAUGGUUAUUAUGGUAAUCCAGAAAACAAUGGUAUAUGUUUUGAGAAAUGUCAUCCUCGUAAAGUAAUUACAAAUGCUAUUGAAGGUAGAUUUGGCAGCCCUGCCAUGUCCUCAGAAUCACAGGAUUGUCUUUGGUUGCUCACCAUCUACUCUGUAUUAGAUAUGCAGUCACUUCUAGGGCCCAUGCAAAGUACUGGAGCUUAUUUACAAUUAACUAUUCAUAAUGAUAUAAAUAUACCCUGUCCUCAUAAUCAUGUGUAUGUAUAUGAUGGUCUGCCGAAUUUUGUGGCUUCUGGUCAUCCCAAUGUUCAACUGGGAUCAUUUUGUGGUACAAACUUGAGCCACCCUAUUAUUGCCACCGCUUCAUCUGGAUAUUUGACAGUACAUUUCAAAAGAGGUGGCAUGCCUCAUGGUUUCAAUGCUUCAUACAUUCGAUUGACUCAGAAUCCACCAGGUGUAGAGAUUGACUGCUGUGUAGAAAGUAAUGAGAACUGUUCUGCCUGCAUUGAAAGCAGUUGCCCAAAUAACUGUUCUAGUGCUGUGAACCAAGGACACUGUGAUAAUGAUUACAAUAUCUGCUUGUGUGAAAGAGGUUUUGGUGGUGAUGACUGUUCUGUGAAGUUGAUGGUACAUCAUUUGUCAUGGCAUACUCUGUAUAACCAUCAAAAGGUGUCUCCUGACUACUCCACUCAAUUGCCUGUAGGAAGAAUUGGUCAUUCUUUGGUCACUGUCUCUGAUACCAAAGGAUCAGAGAAUCUUCUGUUGUUUGGUGGAUAUUCUUCUUCAGCCGGCUAUUUGAAUGACCUUUUCUUUUACAAUACAUCAAGCCAACACUGGAGAAAGAUUGUGACAGAGUAUAAUCCUCCUCCACGACAUUUGCAUGCUGCAGCCUCUCUAAAUGGCUCAAUGUACAUAUAUGGCGGAAUCGGCGAACGAGUUGGCAUUGCUGAACGUCUUCUUCUGGGUGAUUUCUGGGAAUUUACUGCAGAUCAAGAAUGGGUUCAGUUGCCAGAAAUAAUACUACCAUCAGGAUCUGUGGUUCUGGCUGGUUCUACUCUAACUCCUGUCACAGAUAACCGGCUGGUGUUGAUCGGUGGUUUUUCUCCUUCUUAUGGGUUUUUUGACAAAAUAAUGGAAUUUGACACAGAAAAUAAACAAUGGCUCAUCAUUAAUUGUACUGGAGCUCUGCCUCUUGGUAUCUAUGGGCAUACUAGUAUAUAUCAUGCAAGUACUGAAAGUAUUUACAUGUAUGGGGGAAUGUUUUAUAACUUGGACCAUGUUGCUCCUUCUCACUUCUUGUUUGCUUUUCACUACCCAUCCAGUCAGUGGUUUCGUUUGCCUCCUGAUAAAAAAGUCAACAAAUUGCAAACACGGCCCACUCCUCGUUACUUCCAUACUUCUGUUAUCACAGAUAAUUUCCUAAUGGUCUUAGGUGGACGAGGUUCUAAUGGAGAUGACACUGUUUUACCUUUUGCAUAUAUGUUUUCCUGCAAUUUAUGGAUUCCUCUCACAGAUGAAGCUAUUGAAGUAAUUAAUAAAUGGCCUGAGCCAACAGUGGGUGCAGCUGCCACCGUGGCCAAUGGAGACUUCUAUUUCUAUGGCGGAAUGGAAGGUCAGCUGCAUCGACUUACCAUGCCUGCCGAUAUCUGUCUACUCUUUUCUGCUAACCGUGUUGGAUGCAUGCAGCAAACAGGUUGUGCCUUCUGUUCCCUUUCAGGAAAUGGAGUUAAUCAAACAUUCUGCUUCUCUCAAGAUAAACACUCUCAAAGUCAGUGUUACAAUCCAAGGGAACAGUCAAAAUUUCUGCAAGCUGUUCACUGCAAUGCUGAAUGGAUUGAGAAGAGGGACUGCCAUCAAUACACCACAUGUACUGACUGUGUGACAUCCUGGCCAGCUUUUAAAACAGCCAGACAGGCCUGCCAGUGGUGUUCAAAUUGUCGCACCGGUCGUUGCGUGCCAGCAGGGGCUUCCUGCGAUGAUGAGAGCGACUGUAACAUUCCAAGAAAAGUGAUAAACGAGCCUGGUAUGUGUCCCGUUAGAUUUUGUGGGGGAACAGAUUGCAAAAAAUGUGCAGAUCUUCGCAUGUGUAUUUGGACACGACAAGUACUCCGCUCCAUUGGCUUUGGGCAUACAUUGAAUAAGAAGCCUAUCUACAACUGGGUAUGUGUAUUAAAGGAAAUUCAGUCAGCUCCUUCUUUUCUGAUUGAAUCCAUGCCUCCCCACAAAUGUCCAGUUGGGUGCACCCAACUUACUGAUUGUACAUCCUGUCUUCAGAGCCCAGGGGGAGAAGGAGGCUGGCGUCAGUGUGUCUGGAGUGAAACUCUGCAAAUGUGUAUGACCCCUAGUUUUGAACUUCUUGGAUGUGAAGAUGGUUCUUGUGGUUUAGUUGUUCGUGGCAAUGAAACUAUGUGCCCUGUGCCUUGUUGGCAACAUUUUCAAGCUUCCCAUUGUCUUGGUCAGGCCAACUGUGGAUGGUGUGCCUUCUCUGGACCCAAGGUUGAUGGGCGAGGCUUGUGUAUGGAUGGUGGCAUCAUGGGCCCAACUGGAGGAAUUUGUCGAGAAAACCAAAUUCUUCUUAAUGGCCUUCCUUUACCAACACAAACAGUCAAAUGGUUCCAGAUGUCCAAAGGCGCUCCCACCUGGUUUUAUCUAACAAAACCUCCUGAAAACGAGUGUAUGAAUGGGCAUGAUACAUGCGACAAAACUCACGAGGAAUGUGUGGACACUCCUGAAGGUUUUGAAUGUCAGUGUAAACCUGGAUACCAAAUGAAAGGAAAUCAUUGUGUGCCCACUUGCAAGCAGGGUUGUAUAAAUGGUACCUGUAUUCAGCCUAAUGUAUGUCAGUGCAACUUUGGUUUUGUUGGUCUGAAUUGUUCAGUCAUGUGCAAGUGCAAUGGCCAUAGCAAUUGUCCUGGACCUGAUGAAUUGGAAACAUGUACAGAAUGCAUAAACAAUACAUUUGGAAGUCAAUGCCAGAAAUGCAAGCCCAUGUUUGUUGGAAAUCCAGUCAAUGGAGGCACUUGUAUUUCCUGCAAUGAAUAUUGUCAUACUCACAGUGAUCUUUGUUUUGGUUUGGAUAUUGUCAAUAGCACAUCAAGCCAGUUUUUAAAUCAGUCUUAUAUAAAUGAGUUACGUGAGAAGCAAGUGGAAGGUCCCUUAGAGGAAGCAGUUUGCAUUGACUGCAAGAACAAUACUGAAGGCAAAAGAUGUGAUCAAUGUAUUGGUGGUUUCUUUAAGGCUGGAGAGAAACUGGAAGAUGGAUGCCGACCUUGUGAGUGUAAUGGCCACGGAGAUACUUGCAAUCCUCUGAAUGGAGAGAACUGCAACUGCCAGAACAACACAGAGAAUGACCGACAGUGUGUACAGAAAAAUAGUAAAAAUAUGUUGCACAUGACACCUUGCUGGCAACUGCAAUGUUCAAAAUGUGCAGAAUAUUUUCUGGGAUCCCCUUCAAAAGGCCACCAGUGUUAUCGUCACAUGUAUUUGGACAAAGAAUAUUGUUUUGACCCUACUACUCAAGGUGAAUGCAACAGGACCCCCAUACCUUUGCUUCGUGGACAAACCGUGUUUUUUGCCGUUCAGCCGAGAUACAUGAACGUGGACAUCCGCAUUGUGGUGGACAUCACCAAAGGUGGCAUCGAUUUCUUCCUAUCUGCCAAAGAAGACGCUUUCAUCGUAGACGUAGAGAAACCGACGGGGUUGCACCGUAUCUAUGUCGACGAGAAAUAUGGCAUCGACUUGAGCAACUACGAAAUCACUCCAGAAUUCUCUGCUUCCAUGAGGAGGAAGAAGCGAGAAAGUUUCCAGAAUGGCACUAUCAACCCCAGCGAGGCGACACCUCUGCAGAACUUGCGUCCAAAAAUCGGUGACGCCCAAGGCCUUACCACAUACAUCGAUGUCAAAAAGUGCGAAGACUUCUUACUCGUGAGAAAUCUUGAGAAUAGGUUAGUAGUCACCAUCCCUCAAGAGGUUCACGAUCUUAGAACAACGAGAUUUUACAUGAUCCUCCGCGGGGCCGAAGAGGAGACUUUCGGCAGCCUGUUCUUCAGGCAGGACCAAACUAGAAUCGACCUGUUUGUGUUCUUUUCCGUCUUUUUCUCAUGCUUUUUCCUGUUCUUGGCCGUAUGUGUGGUCGCCUGGAAGGUGAAGCAGGCCUUCGACCUGCGCCGCGCCAGACGGCUUCAUGCCGCCGAAAUGAAGCAUAUGGCCAGCCGUCCGUUCGGCCACAUUGUGGUGGUCAUCGACGACGAACCCGAUGAUUCGGACUUUUUCAUGUGUUCGCCCAGCAAUUACCGCAAAAAGCUGAAGUACAUGAAGGGCCAUGGCAGAGACUCUCCCAGGCAGCUGGAGGACAAGGUGAGUUUGAGGGCGCUGGCCGUCGAGCCCCUUUCCGAUGGAUUCGGGGCAGUUGCCACCAUUCUCGUCCAGUUCCCCGGCGGGGCGCACUCACUAGUUCGCAUGGCCCUCGCGUCCAGCCUCAUCGCAUCCCGCCACCACCUUGGCUACGGCCUGAGGGCCGCCAUGAGGAGGAGAACUAGCCACGCCAAUGUGUGAUUUCUAUCGAUGAAUCUCAUUUGUUUGUUUAGUAGGUUGUGUAUUAUAAUUUCUGUUUUAUUUUAAAAUCUGUACAUAAAUUUUAAUUUAUGUUUGUAAUAUAAUAAAUAUAUUGUUGAAUUCUAUGA